CAUCUAUAAUAAAAUAAUAAGAAAACUUUUAAUAAAUUAGAUUUACUUUGAUUUGAAUCUUAUAUUUUAUUGAUAAUCCAAAUCAAUACAAAAAGUUUAUCACCUUUUCUUAAAAAAAUCGCUGAAUAUGCAAAUGUUAUACCUUUUAACCAAAAAAUAAUCAACGCAGGAAACCAAUCAGGAAACAAAGUAUUAAACGAAGCAGGAAAAACGCAACUAAUUAGGUCAGAUCUGAUAACGACAAAGUUAAGAUUCUAAUAAUUUGCCAGUAAAGAAACAAAAAUGUUCAUGAUAAGUGGGUGAUUUUUUCAUUUUCACUUGCAGUGUCAGUGUUAGAAGGUUAAUUCAAGUUCAAAAAUCCUGCAUAUACAUCAGAUGUUGAUUGCAAACUGUGAGUUUAUGUAGACUUACAUAUUUUUGAUAAUAACAACAAGGUCUGAAGAAGAUAUUACAAAAAUACAUCGGCAGUCAAACUUUUAAAAUGGAAUCUUUUUCUUCUUUAGACGGUUUCCAUCAAAUUUUAAAUAAAUAUGAAGAUCCAAGGAUACGAAAUUGGUUCAUGAUGCCCAGUCCCCUUCCAACUAUUGCCAUAACCGUAGUCUAUUUAUUUCUAGUCAAAAUUUCGUUACCAGCUUACAUGAAGGAUAGGAAACCGUAUCAGUUUAAGAAUUUCGUUUUUAUUUACAACUUUGCUCAAGUUAUAUUCAGCUCAUGGUUGUUCUAUGGCUUUUUAGCUGGAGGAUGGUACAGCCCGAAGUAUAGUUUAGAAUGUUUUGAACCAAGGGCCGAUAAAAAUAUGAUCUUCGUUGCAUACAUGUAUUAUUUAUCCAAAUUUACCGAGUUUAUAGACACGAUAUUAUUUGUAUUAAGGAAAAAAGACAACCAAGUAACAACUCUUCAUCUAUAUCAUCACUGCGUAAUGCCCAUCAGUAGUUGGCUCGCAGUAAAGUACGUACCUGAUAGCACAAUGACAUUUUUGGGGCUUAUUAACUCUUUUAUACAUAUCGUAAUGUACUCUUACUACAUGCUCAGUGCCUUUGGUCCCAAAAUGCAAAAAUAUUUGUGGUGGAAAAAAUACGUCACUGUAUUGCAGUUGAUUCAAUUUGUAUUGAGUUUAGUAAAUUCAGCACAAGCAGCAUUAUUCGGAUGUUUACCUACAGCUAUCAGUUUUUGGAACAUGUUGCAAAGUACAUUAUUCUUUAUGAUGUUUUUCGACUUUUAUAAACACACCUACAAGGAGAAGAAACUGCCUACCAAGCCUACCAAAUCUAAUGGCACAGCACAUACCAACGGUUUAAAACAUAUCGAUAUAAAUGAAAAUGAUAUAAAAUGUGAUAAGAAAUUAUAGAUAUUGAAUAAAGUUAAAAAAA